UUGGCUGUAGGGGCGGCUAGUAUCACUGUAUCACCGGCCAUGGACGCCAGCAGUGGAGAUGAAUUCGCGGUGGGUUGCAUCCUCUCCAUCAAAACCUCCCUGGGAGACGAAUUUGAAGGCCAAAUCAUCACCUACGAUCGACCCUCCAACAUCCUCGUCCUUCAAGAGGGUUCGGACUCUGGACCACGCCGGAAUAUAAGGCUGCUAAAGGCUAACUAUAUAAAGGAGUUCUCUUACUUGGGUCAAGCUGAAGACCCUCUUGAUCCCAAGAAGUGCUGUAUUGAUCUUAAUGCACUCCAAGCUAGGGAAGAAGUAGCCAUAAGACAAGCGGAGGCAGAUGCUGAGAGGAUAGGAGUGGGCGUUACUGUUGAGGCCCAGAACAUUUUUGAUGCACUUUCUAAGACGCUUCCUGUGCGCUGGGACAAGACUGCCAUAGUUGUGAUGAAUGAAGUGCGUGUCAGUAGUCCGUAUCUCCCUGAAUCUGUUAGUGGAGGAACUCCUGCUGCCAAUGAGCGGGUGAAGAAAGUGCUUGAGUUUGAAAGGAAGAGGUUGCAAGCUCGUGUUGCUGGGCAGUGAUGGUUUCACUUUUCUGUUGUCUUUUUGCUGGGAAAAGGAUCGUAAGGUAAUACUUAUGAUGAGGGUUCGUUGCUUGUACCCUACCUUACUGAGAAGAACAUAGUAUCCAUUGGCCAAGACAAUCUAAAAGCUUAAUUAAUGAAACAGCUUAGUUUUCAAGAAAUAACCAAGUUGUAGCAAUUCUUUCACUGCGCUGCUCCUUGCUGAUUAUUUUAAUCGUCGUCCUGUUAAUUGAGUAGAUUGGAAGCAGUUUUUCUGGGUUUAUUGAGAUCACAUGUUAAGACUGUUGCAAAGUGCUUACAUGUUUCCUAUGGAAAAUGCAGUCUAACAUGCAAAAUUACUUGGAUCUCAGGGCCGAUUGAUUUCUUUCUGUCUUUGUCAUCGAUCCACUUUAGGGUUUCCCAUCUUGAGGAUAAAUUGAAAAUAAGUAUUAUUGCAGUUGGUUAGCUAAAUGCUAAAAUAUAAGAUGAAUGAAAUAUCGAGUGCUGA